ACAUCAUCAACAACCCGCCCCCCACUCGCCAUCCACCCCAGCGCCCAAAUCUCCGACACCACAAUCUUCCAAGGCACGCACCCGAUCUCCAUCGGCGCCCACACCAUCAUCCACCCGCGCGCCCGCCUCUACUCCCACGAAGGCCCCAUCCUCAUCAGCAACAACUGCAUCAUCAGCGAGAAGACCGUCAUCGGCACGCCGGCCCCCUUUCCCGGCAACUCGAGACCCGCCCCUUCCUCCUCCUCUUCCUCCACAACCACAGCCGGUGAUGGCACCGCAGCAGCAGCAGCCGCCCUCCCCAUCCGCAUCUCCUCGCGCGUGACCAUCGGCCCGGCAGUGUCCAUCGCCCCAGGCGCGCAUAUCCAUUCCGGGGUGGUGAUCGAUGCGUUGGCCGUGAUCAAUCGGCGGGUGGAUGUCGGGGCGCAUGCGCGGGUGUGUGCGGGCUGUGAGAUUGCGGCGGGGACGGGGGUGGGGGAGUGGGUGGUUGUUUGGGGCAGUGGGGGAGGGGCUGGGCAGCGGCGGCGGAGGAGGGAGACGCGUGGGGUGGUUUGGGGGGUGCAUCAAUGGUCACAAUCACAGAAUCAAAAUCAAAGUCAGAGGGUUGAUGGGGAGAAGGCUGGGGAGGCGCCGUUGGAGGCGAGGACGUUGGAGGAUGCGCGGUUGAUGGUGCUGGAUCUGGAGAGGGAGGCUGCGGGGAGGUUGUUGGUG